GUUUGACUGAAAACGUAUAGAAAGCGACUAUAGAUGGGGAAUUUAUAUACAGUCUGAAAAAAAAAAGGAAGAAAUAUUUGUGGAGAAAUAAUUAGUAUUACUAUAUGUGAAUAACAAUAGGAGAAGAGAAUGAUGAUGGAGAAGAGCAGAGGAGUAUUUGUUGGUGAGAGAAGGAUAAAGCACAAAUAGGGGUUGUAUUUGAAACUAGUGUCUUGCAAAUUAAUUUUGGCUGUUUUUAGUUAGAGAGAGAAAGGGAAGAGAUAGGUGUUUGUGUUGGAAGACAAAGUUGUGGCAUGCGAUUUAUUGACACAAUUUCAUCCUAUAUGCAUUUGGGUUUCAUUCUCGUUUCCCCCUCUAUUUCUUUGCAUUUGGGUUUCAUUCUCUCUCUGAUGUCCUUUUCUCUCUCUAAAUUCUAUGGAAUUCCUCCGGAGAGGCUAAGCUUAGAUGAUCCUGUUCUAAGCAGUAUAGAUGAGUUUGGCAGGCACAGAAAGCUCAGAGGAGGGGGCAGGCCUUCUAGAGCCUCCUGAUCCCAAUAUUGUUGAAAUCGAUCCUACUAAUCGCUACACUAGGUAUAAAGAGGUUAUCGGCCAAGGAGCUUUCAAGACUGUUUACAAGGCAUUUGAUGAAAUUAAUGGACUUGAAGUUGCAUGGAGCCAAAUUCAUAUUGAUGAGGUAUUACAGUCACCUGGUGGCCCAGAUAGGCUGUACUCAGAAGUGCAUCUCUUGAAGUCAGUUAAGCACGAUAACAUCUUGACUUUCCAUAAUUCUUGGAUUGAUGAUAAGCACAGGACUAUGAACUUGAUUACUGAGUUAUUCACCUCAGGGAACCUCAGACAGUACAGCAAGAAACACAGGAGGGUUGACAUGAAGGCUGUUAAAGGAUGGGCAAGGCAAAUUUUAAAUGGUUUAAAUUAUCUUCACAGUCACAACCCACCUAUUAUGCAUAGGGACCUGAAGUGUGAUAAUAUAUUCAUCAAUGGUCACCGAGGAGAAGUUAAGAUUGGAGAUCUAGGGUUGGCAACUCUAAUCAAACAAACUAAUGCCAGGAGUGUAAUUGGAACCCCGGAGUUCAUGGCACCUGAACUGUAUGAUGAACAUUAUAAUGAAUUAGUGGACAUAUAUUCUUUUGGGAUGUGCAUGCUUGAGUUGGUUACGUCUGAAUAUCCUUACAGUGAAUGUAGAAACUCAGCUCAGAUAUACAAGAAAGUUUCAUCUGGCAUUAAGCCUGUUGCUCUUUCCAAACUCAAAAAUCAAGAAGUAAAAUCAUUUAUUGAGAAAUGUCUUGUCCCAGCGUCUCAAAGACUGACAGCAAAGGAGCUUUUGAUGGACAAUUUUCUGCAAGUGACUGGUUCAUUGAAGAAUCGUCGUCUACCAUUACCAGAUAUCGUUCUCCCUAAGUAUGGAGCCUAUGAAAAUCGUUGUCUUAUGUCAGAAGGUCCUGCUAGUACGCGUAUUAGAUCCAUUUCAAUGGAUCUUGGUGAUGCCACCGAGCAACCAUUCACCACUUUACUUUAUAAUUCUGUUGAUUCUGUUGAUUCUCCUGAUGAUGUUUUGCCUUCUCCAUGUGUUGAGAUAAGAAGGUUAAAGGAAGGUGACAUUUUUUUUCUAAAAGGUGAACAGAAUGAUCAAAAGUCUGUGUCAUUAGUUCUCCGCAUAGCUGAUCAAAGUGGGCGGGCAAGAAAUAUCCAUUUCAUAUUCUACAUCAACAGUGAUACUGCAAUUUCAGUUUCAAGUGAAAUGGUUGAGCAACUUGAACUGGCUGAGCACAAUGUUAAAUUCAUAGCAGAGUUGAUCGAUCUAUUAUUGACCACAUUGCUUCCUGAUUGGAAACCUUGUGUACAAAUUGAUCAUUUAGUUGCUUGUAAUAGUAAAUCAUCUCAUCCAAGUCAACAAACACGAAGCUCAAGAGAUUCCAUCCAAAUUGUGUCUGGAGGUGGUCCAGGUCUCCCAAUCUCACGUAGAAGAUCAACAGAUAAGGAGAACAAAGAUAAUGUCAUUUCUGACAAGGUUUUAUCUAAUACAAGCAUUAGUCUUCAAGGAGAUGCAAAGAUAGACGACUCUUGUUCUGAGACGUCACAAACUGGUGCAACAUUUGACUUCAACGAAAAGCAUUUUUCUACAGUUUCAUUCAUGUCUGCUAAAUCAGGAUUUACAGACUUUGACUUGCACAGAGUUAAUAGUCAAACCUCACUUGUAUCUGAAUUCGAGGCUUCGUCUGAAUAUAGGAAUUUUCCACGUGUGGAAAGCUAUGGUACCAUGAAAUUCUUUAAUUACCCUAUGAAUGCUCCCCCCUCCUUCAAUGAAGCUGAGGAUGAGUUGAGAAUAGAGUUAGAGAUGAUUGAACAACAAUAUCAAGAAGCAAUUAGAGAUUUAUCAAAAAGAAGAUAUCAGGCCAUCACCGAGGCUAGGAAGAGGGUAUCACAUAAAUUUCCAAACUUUAAAUAAUUACUUUCACUUUUCUAACAUGUAGUAAUUACUAUUAGUGUCUUCUCCUUUAUCAAUAUCCUUGUAAGUAACCAUUGUAAUUAGUGGGAUAUGGAUGAAAAAGGGUUCUCUUA